AUGAGCAGCAAUAACAACAGAAAAGAAAAUGUUUGGGAUCGUCUAAGCAGAGUACGAAAAUCGACGAGUUCGGAAAACCUCACCAGAUCUAGAACGAAUUUGAGGUCAAAGCCAUCACAACGUUUUCAGCUAAUGAAACAAAUGGCAGCAAAUCAUCAUGAGCAGCAACAACAACAAAUUUUAUAUCAACAAAAAAUGCAACAUCAACCUCCAAAGCAACAAUCAAUGGCCCAAAAAGAAAGUCAUCGGCGGCCCUUAACCCCUAACUCAAAUCGAAGUGGUCCUGGUGUUUCACGUGCAGCCAAAUGUCGUCUACCCAAACCUAUUGUAAUGCCUCAGAUGGAUAAUCGGGGAUAUUUCUUCAAUAAUAAACCCACAAAAAUGCUUAAAGAACUUAUGAAUGCACGAAGCUUAAUCAAUUCCAAAUCAUCUAUGGCAAUGGAUGAGAAUCGAACAGGUGCGGGACACAGUAGUAUAUCAAUUCCUAGAAAAUGGUCAACAAAUUUAUUGACACCACCAAGCUACACAAAAUUAUCUCGGGAAAAACAAGAUUAUGAAACCGAGGAGGAAGAGCUGGGUGAAGAGGAGGAAUAUAAAUUGGCACCCCUAAUGUCUUCAAGAUCACAUUUCAAUUUGGAAACGAGUAGCCGCCAUAUCUUUAGGCAUUUCAAUGAAGUUCUACAGGAACGAGGCAGAGGUGAUAUGUCACCAGAAGAGUUGGAAUUAGUGAAAAAUGUCCUCAAAUCUGAUGAACGUUAUCGUUGUGUAGAUAAAAAUAAUCCGGAACUAUUUAAGGAUAUUCUCAAGGACCAACUAAAGGAUAUUCUUAAACAUGAACAUGUUGUCAAACAGGCUUUACAUAAAUUGGAAUCUAAAGAAAGUCUUUAUCCAGACGUACACAAUAAAGAACAUUUGGAAGAGUCCCAGAUUUGCACACCUUGUCCGGAGGAGCCAAAGAAAUUGGAAGUAGAUGUGGUGUUUAAAAAUGUACCCUCUCUCGAAAGAGAAAUAUUAAUUCUACGAGCAUUGGGUGAGAAAUUGGAAUCAACAUUAAAUAGAACCAAUUCACAACGAAAUAUUGUCAAAUAUCAAGACAUCAAGGACACUGAGAACAGAAUAAAAGAAAAUCUGAAUUCAAAUAUUCCACCAAUAAUAUUGCAAAUAAAACCCUAUGGUUAUGUGAGAGGUCCCGAGCACAAUGCCUCAAUUGUAUUGGCCCCACUAGGCAUCAGGCUUAUUAUUGGUAUUGCAAUGGAAUUUUAUAUUGCUCAAAAAUCUAUUGUAGAAAUGAAGAACGAUGCCAAUCAAUCAUUCUUUAUGCCACUGGAUUCCAAAAAUCCCGAAAUGAAAAAGACCUCAUUUAUGAAACUCAAAGAAAAUCCAAAUAUUUUCAUAAAAUACAUUAAAUCAAAAGAUCCGGCAGUUUCAUUCAACCUACUGGAUCAUGAUCCAAUCUUCUUUAAUAAUAUUCUGAAGAAUAACAAAACAACAAGUGAUAUAACAAUCGAUAAAGAUCAGGAGGAAAUCAGUAAUGCAGAACUCCAAGAUUCAUUUACAACUUUUACUCCAGGCGAAAAAUUAAAUGAAGGAAAUGAAAAAAUUCUCGAAGUAGUUAACCUCCAGCAGCGACCUCUCAUGAGAGUUAGACAACGUCGCCGCAUUCGAAAAUCUGUUACCCCUCUGCUUGUAGACAAGCCCGAUCCGAAUCCAAAAAACCAUCUCUUGAAAACCAUUUUGGUUGGCGUAGUACAAAUCUCCUGUUUUAUGCUACUUAUUAUGGCCUUUACCCUACCCGAUGCCAAAUGUUGA